AUGUCAUAUCACAACCCAAGCUCUCCUGUAGGCUCCCUCUAUGCUCUACAAGAUGAUGGACCACAACCACGUGCCGAUGCAUUGGACUUUAGCCAUCGACACACUAGUAACAUGAAACAUGUACGUGCAGACGAAAGCUUGGCGAGGAAAGGGUCAUGCUUGGUCCUCCAGAUUCUCUGGAUGAGUCGUAUUCGUCCCGCCUUACGACAUGAACACGCAUUGAGCUUUUGCGAACCUGCCGAGAAUAUGAACGUGUAG